GAGAUCGUCGUCGCCGCUGCUCAGAGAUGGCCGCUACAGAAGGUUGUCGGCGUUACUGGAGGUCGACAGGUCAGAUUAUUAUGAAAACAUCCAAUAGGACUUUUACUUGAUUUAUGAAAUGUUUGAUUGCAGGCCAUCUAGGGUAUGCUUAAUCUUAGAACCAGUCUGGUACUGAUUUUUAAUGCAUUUUUUUAAACUUAUUCUGUAUUGUUGAUUAUAGUCUGAUUCCAGCUUUUAUGUGCAUAAUUAUUCUGAUGAAAGCCAAAUAGACUCAGUUAUUUAUUUGAGUUGUUGUUCAUGUCUCUGCAGUUAGAUAUGGUUCAGGAAUGCUUAUCACAAGCAAUGGAUCUUAGUGGUUUGUUACUUAUUUAUUCUGCUCUCGGUGAUGCCGAAGGAAUUGCUAAACUUGCAUCUCUUGCUAAAGAACAAGGGAAGAACAAUGUGGCCUUCCUUUGUUUAUUUUUGUUAGGAAAAUUGGAGGACUGCCUUCAAUUGUUGGUUGAUAGCAACCGUAUUCCAGAAGCUGCCUUGAUGGCUCGUUCUUAUCUUCCAAGCAAAGUCUCAGAGAUCGUUGCAAUUUGGAAGAAAGAUCUCAUUGAGGUCAAUCCAAAGGCUGCAGAGUCCUUGGCUGAUCCUGAAGAGUACUCAAACUUAUUUGAGGACUGGCAGGUUGCUCUUGCUGUAGAGUCUAAUACCACCCAAAACAAGUGCUCAUUACAAUCCUUACUCCCUGAGGUUAGGGACUUUAUGUGUUCACUAUCAGUGUUAGAGGCAGACAUAUUUCUGAAGGGAACAAAGCAGGGGUUUAGCAAACACAGAUGAUGAUGAUUUUUCGGACAAUGAUUAUGAGCAAGAGAAAUUGCCAAGGAGGAAAGGAAAGGCAGAGACUUUUUCAAAUUUCGGCUUUGAGGAAAAGGCACGAAGGGUU